GGUGGUGUUGGAGAACAGUGCAUAAGGGUGCCGUGAGGCACUAGCUUGCGACGGGGACUCAGCCGUUCAGGUUGACACCUAUUGCUAAUGGCCAUCGAAAGAAAGGAGAUUGCCAUUCAAUUCGAGCUACCCCUAGUUCACGGCGCUGCGACUUCUGCCUCCUUUCUUCCCAACCAGAAGGCCGUCUAACUAUACGAUGAGUAGUCUGGUUUCUGUUGCAGGCAGCUCUAUUCAGCUAGUCCUAAAUGCUUAUUACCUGGUCAAGACAAACAGGGAUAGAUGUCACAAGCUUGUUGAGAGGUGCGAGUCACUCGUAGCGAUGCUUCAGCAAGUUGUGGACCAAAGGGGUGAAGAUAUUUACGACCGAGACAGAAUUGAGAGGUUACAAGAAGCCUUUGAGCAUAUAGCUAUCGUCAUUGUUCAAGUUGGGACUCGAAGCUGGAUGCAGGCGUAUCUUCAAUCGGAUGGAGACAAUGUUAUUUUAGAAGGAUGCCACCGUCGUAUAUCUGACCUGAUUUCCCUUUUCAACCUAAGAGAACUCAUCGAUGUCGGGAACAAUCAAGCGGCCCACAAUCGAGCUCAAGUGGCUGUUAGCAAACAAAAUGAGGAAGAACUUUCAAGAUUGAAAUCGGUGAACGGAGAUAUCGUUCGUCAACUCAAAGCCCAGCAGUAUUUGCUGAAGAAACUCGCGAAGAAGCUGAGUGCAAGUCAAUCCAGCCUCUUGAUAAAUUUCUCGUCAUGUACAUUUUGUUCGUUCAGCUGUCGACGGUUGACACCGAAGGGGACGUCGGGCCCCAAGAAAUAAGCCUGCCUGCAUCGAGCAUUCCCGAACUUAU